ACUUUAUUGCACACAUAAAGAAAAAUGUACAAAUGGCGAACUUAAUGCCAAAAGGCAUUCUCUACCAGUCAACCAUUGGGUCAAACAGACACUCACGAAGACGCGUGCCUUGAUUAGUAAUGUCAUGUUAAAUAAGGUACAUAUUCACCCCUCGGACAUAUCAGAAUCACCCCAUCACCGUGUAUAAUAGGAAGAUAUCGGUUUUAUAGAAGUUGUUUGCGACGAGCGCUCGCAUAUCAAUGAACAAUAACAAAUAUAACAAGAUAUUCAAGAUUCAAGAUAUGUUGCAAAUUCAAGAUCUCGUCAUCGUAACCUACAGCAGCCCUGAUCGGUUAUACCACGACUACCACACCAGCCAUGACAAGAACCCCUGGAGUGGGGACUUGAGCCCAGGCUGGCAGUACGAUUGGUUCGGACAAACGACUCCUCGGCCCACCAGGCGGAGGACUACAACUGCAAGAAUUGUGACUGAGAGUAUUCCGACCACAACGCUACUUCCUCCACCUGUCAUCAGAGACAUCGAAACAAGACUGGGAGAACGCCAGACAACUGGCUCCCCCACUCCGAGUCCCAGACCUAUAACUUUAAUACAAGAUGAAAUACCGUCUCUCUUGAAAGAACCAAAGCCUCAAACUCUUAUAGAAUCUGGCGCAAACCGUGAUAAUUUUCAAAGUUUAGGAGCAGUCGAGAAUUCUGAUAUCAAACUUGUAAAAGAAGAAAUAGCUAUAUCAAAUAAGGAUGGUGAAAAACCAGUUUUCAUUCCUGCUGAUAAUAAUCCUAAUAGUUUCGGAAUAGCAGUAGUACAUGAUAAUUCUGAAGCUAAAGUCAAACAAGAAACGUCUCUACCAAAUAACGCCAAACCUCAAGACAGCGCUGAACCUGUUCAAAUUGCACCUAUAAGUACUAUAGAUGCCGCUGACAAUACAGCCAAACCUGUCCAAGCAGAUACAAAUGAAAGCAACAAGCCCGUUACAGUACAAGUAGAUGAUGAUAUUUAUGAACACCAUAUUGCAUCGAUAGAUGCAGCUUUAGCUGCUGUUCUAGGAACUGAUAAUGGGAAAGAUACAACAGCACCAUUGUUGGAUGAGAAGGCGAGUUUGUGGCAUGUUGCUAUUUAUAAGAAGAAGGCAUUGACUGAACAGUACAGUUAUAUAUGCGGAGGAUCGUUGAUCAAGGCCAAUAUGGUUAUUUCAGCGGGGCACUGCUUCUGGUCUCCUGUGUGGCAGGCGCUGCCGAGGACGCUGUUCCGUGUCGCAGCCGGCAAGCUGUAUCCCGGCUACGACGACCCGAGAGACACGACUGCACAGUAUUCUGAGAUUAGAAACAUAUCAAUAUCAGACAUGGACGAUCCGUGCAAGCAGCCGGACCUGGCGUUCAUGAACCUGGUGACGCCCUUCAAGUACACCAGCACUGUGAAGCCAGUGUGCUUCAGCCAGAACUGGGGCUUGGAAACACGGCAGCUCAGGGAAGGAAAUACUGGAACGGUAGCAAGCUGGGCUGCACCAGACAACGGUGGAUGCCUACCUCGACGACACAGCUGGCUGGCUCUUCCAUUCGUUAAGAACGAUGUGUGUGAGUACGAGGGGUUGUACAAAACUACAGGAAAUAACAGAAUCUGCGCUGGCGAGAUAAAUAGCACAAGUCCAUGCGCUAUUGACAGCGGUAACGGCCUGGUAUUUUACUAUGACAAGAUCCCAUACCUCCGUGGAGUCGCCACCGACCUGCCCGUCCAUCCCGAAUGUGCUAGAUUUUACACCCGCAGUUUCGCCACCAUAAUGGACCGUAAAUCAAUUAUAAGAAAAUACUUGAAGGGCAUUACUGAUGUUUAUAAUUUGGAAGAGUGUGAGAACUUGUACAAAAAUCCGACGACUGAGAAUAAUCAGAAGAACGAAACGGACAAUAGGUUUGGAGAUGGAUUCGUGCAGGUUGCACCACCUGAGGAAGACGGCAACACGUUCACCGCGCAAGGUAUAGGCUCGUCGCCGGUGCCGACGCUGCCGGGCACCAGCGCCCCCUCGUUCCAGUGGCACGUCGGGAUCUACAGCAAGCGCUGGGCGCCGUACAUGCAGAUCUGCGGAGGAUCGCUUGUCAAACGCGAUUUCGUUAUAUCAGCGGCCCACUGCUUUUGGGACGACGUGGGCGGCCAGCAGCCGGCGAGCCAGUUCGCGGUGGCCGGCGGGAAGUUGUUCCGCCCGUGGAACAACACGCAAGAUACUUACGCGCAACAUUCUGAUGUAUCAGAAAUUAUCCUUCCCGUGCGCUUCCGCGGAGGCGCCACCAGCUUCCAGGACGACAUAGCGGUGAUCCGGAUGUCCACCGCCUUCACGUACGCUCCCGGCGUGCAGUCUGUGUGCGUGAAUUUUGACAAGGAGUUCGAUAUGAAACAGCUGCAACCAGGCAAUAUCGGAACAAUUCUUGGUUGGGGCCUGACGAAAGCUAACGGCACUCCAUCACAGCGCCUCACGUACCUGGAGCUCCCGUACAUUGACGUAGACGAGUGCUUCGUUGAGUCCGAGCCCACUUUCCUCAAGUUCAUCACUAGCGACAAGAUCUGCGCGGGAGAUACUGUCACUGGCAAGGCACUCUGCCGCGGCGACAGCGGCGGCGGCUUCGUGCUCUACUCCUCCGAGAUCCCUUACCUCCACGGCGUCGCCUCCACCGCCGCCGGGAACGAGAACCUUUGCAACGCCUUCACUCACGCCGCGUUCACAAGCCUCUACGCACACCGCGCUUUUCUUAGAGACAACAUACGGGAUAUAGACAAGGAAUGUGUUAAACCAGAGACUACAACACAGCCGACACAAAGAGUCAAUGUAGAAACGGUUCUUGGGGCGGUAGGAGCUGUGGGUACGACAGGGACUCCACCGGUGUAUACGAACGUGCCGUAUUUCCCAUACCCUAAUCAUUUUGUGUGCAAUUGCAAUUGUAAGCCUUAGCUUUUGUCUUAAUAAAAUGGAUAGAGAGAA